AUGUUUGUGCUGGCUGAAAUGAAGGAUACGAUUCGACUGCCACCAACAAAAUUUGGUGUGAAUCUGCAGGAAGCUAUAACAAAUGAACUGAAUACAAAAUUGGCAAAUAAAGUACAAAUUCAAUUCUGCUUGUAAUAUUAUAUAGUUAGCAUUAUAUAGGGCAGCAUAAUUAUGGUGGUCAGAAUUCAGCUGAGAAUAAUGACAAAUGCAGCUCAAUCAGAUCGAUUGAAUGCAUACUAAAGGUGCCUCUGGCCUACACCGUAUGACUUGUAUCUGAUCACAGAGUACAGAUAUGAUGGAAGCAUUACCAAUAUACAAGACUAUCAUAUAAUGGAAAGAAUACACCCUUUCGCUAAUUACGUUAUUUGGCCUGGGAGCCUCGCUCUCAUGAAUCGUGAGCCAAUCACCUUGCAUAAUUUACUCAUGAGAGCGAGAUUCCAAGACCAAAAAGUAUGUGUGAUGUAAUUAUUGAAUGGGUAUAAACAUUUUCUCACUGUGAUCGCAACUGCCAGUUACCACAUUCUUAUAAUGUAAUACUUUGUGAGGAACCCAUAAUUGUAGAUGGUGUGAAACACCUUUGUUGGCUAAGCUAUUGAUAUUUUUCAUAUAUUCAUUUAGGUUGUAUACAAUGUGGGACUUUGUAUUGUGUUACACGAUAUUUUAGAAAUUGGGGACUCGUUCAUUUUGCCCAGUGAUGGGGCAUCAUGUACACCUGGUAACUAGAUGCACACCUUUUUAUAACUCUGAUACAUGAGGCCAUUUCACAACUCCAGUCAUCACCAUCAUAUCUGGCACAACCAUCAUCACCACCACCACAACCACCAUCAUCAUCACCACCACCAUCACCAUCAUCAUUACCAUCACACCAAAUUACCAUCACUGUCAUCACCACCAUCACCAAAUCUUAAUGACAGUGUUAUUAAUAUUUCCAGCUAUAACAUAUUUCGGAAAGACCGUAUUGUUCGAGAACACGGCGGAGUUUGUAUUUAUGCCCGAGAACAGAUGAAAUAUGAAAUCCUUGAAAAUUUACAAUGCUGUAACGAUCAUGAAAUGUUGUGGAUUAAGCUCAACCCUACGCGUCUCCCCCGAGGGUUUACCUGCCUUAUCAUCGCUGUCAUUUACCAUCCACCUGGUUCAGACUGCCAUUCAAUUAUUAAUCAUCUAUUCCAAAAUUUAACACUGGCCGAAUCCUUAUAUCCCAAUUGCAGUAUUGUUAUAGCAGGAGACUUCAAUCGUCUGAAUGUCGCUAACAUCAAACGUCAUUUCAAACUCAAACAACUGGUUAAGCUGCCUACAAGGGGACAAGUGACACUUGAUAAAAUUCUAACGAAUAUGGCCGAGUUCUUUUCACCAGCCGAGAUAUACCCACCCUUCGACCUAUCAGACCAUAACACUGUUCUCGUGAGACCAAAGGAAAGAGAAAUAGGCCAGUCUUCAAGAAAAUUCGUUACAGUUAGAGAUACGAGAGCAAGCAACAAGGCCGCACUUGGGCGAUAUUUAAGUAGCAUAGACUGGGCGUCAACUAUUAAUAGUAAAGACAACUGUACUGGAAAGUUAGAUACGUUAACUGACCUAAUAAAAAUUGGUCUGAAUCAUAUCAUGCCAGAGAAAGUGAUCAAAGUCCACACCAAUGAUGCCCCAUGGAUGUCCACUAAGCUAAAAGAUCUAAUACGUAUGAGACAAGUAGCCUUCUACUCUAACAAGAAUAGCAUUCAAUUCAAGUUUUACCGCAACGCCGUCAACAGAGAAAGGAAAUUGUGCAAAGCUAAAUAUUAUGCCUCAAAAGUCCAAGAUUUGAAAGGGGCCAAUCCCCGUCAGUGGUGGAAAGAAGUUAAAAAAAUAAGUGGAUCCGUAAAUAGCAUCAAAUUGAUGAGCAGUCUUAAUGUCCCUGGAUAUGAUAAUUUGUCCCACAAGGAAAUAGCCGAUGCUAUUAAUGCCUCCCUUCUUGAACCUCUGCAGGAGUACAACCCCCUCGAUCCUAGUACUGUCAACUUGCCAGGGGAAGAACUAGAUGUGAUACCAGAGGUGUCGGUCGAACGCGUUUACACCCACCUAUCACGGUUAAACAAGUAUAAAGCUCCUGGCCCUGAUGGACUAUCUAACUGGUUGUUCAAGGAGUAUGCGGAGAUUUUGGCGGAACCAGUUGCUAAUAUUUUGAAUUCAUCUUUUAAGGACCAAAGUCUUCCAAGGGUUUGGAAAUUGGCUGACGUAUGCCCGCUUCCCAAAGUCAAACGUGUCACGAACCCCCAAUCGGAACUUAGACCAAUUUCCUUAACCUGUUCUCUAUCAAAAGUGGCCGAGGAAUUCAUUGUAGCUGAUUACAUUAAACCUGCUGUGACCAAAAUAAUCGAUCCCAAUCAAUUUGGAACAAUCCCAGGUUCUUCAACGGUUAUGGCCCUAAUUAGCAUGGUCCACAAGUGGCUAAAAGAGUCUGACGGCACUGGCUCAACAAUUAGAGUUUUGUUAUUCGAUUAUCGGAAAGCUUUCGAUUUGAUAGACCACUCUACCCUUAUUGAGAAACUUCGUCAAUUGGACAUUCCCAACAGCGUCAUCAAUUGGAUCACGAGUUUUCUAUCGGGACGAUCUCAGAGGGUUAAACUGGAACGGGACGGUUUCUCAGAGUGGGGAGCCGUACCUGCAGGAGUUCCUCAAGGAACGAAGUUGGGCCCCUGGCUGUUUCUGAUAAUGAUUAACGAUCUUUCAAUUUCUGGAGACCCCUUUGAUAUGUGGAAAUACGUUGACGACACGACUGUAUCUGAAGUAAUAGCCAAAAAUAAAGACUUAAGUGACGCACAAUCGGCUGUCGAUCAGGUAUCUGAAUGGUCAAAAAGGAACAUGCUUCAACUUAACUGCAGGAAAUGUAAAGAGCUACCUAUUACCUUCAGUCGGUCUCGGAAUUUGCCAUCUCCAGUCAAUGUUGAGGGGUCCACCAUUAUCCCAGUGAGCAAGGUAAAGCUACUCGGCGUAACGAUUAACAGCACCCUUACGUGGAAUGAUCAUAUCGAGGAAAUAGUAAAGAAAGCAUCUCGCAAGCAGUAUUUUCUUGUGCAGCUUAAGAGAGCGAAAGUCCCAGCAAGAGAAAUAGUCGCCUAUUACUGUGCAUGUAUCCGUUCUGCAAUCGAUUACGCAUGCCCUGUAUUCCACUACUCACUUCCAAAAUAUCUCCAAGAAGAUCUGGAGAGGAUCCAGAAAAGAGCACUAGCCUGCAUUUACCCAGGAAGGCGUUACGAAGAUGCCCUAUCGCUCGCUGGCCUAGCAUCUAUACAUGAUCACCACGAAUCUUUAUCUAAAUCACUCUUUAGGUCAAUUGUAAGUGACUCUAAAAACAAACUGCAUGCUCUACUACCGCAGAGAAAUAACAAUGCCAAAUAUUAUUUUAGGAAACGUAGAACUUUUAAUAUUCCAACUGCAAAGACCAAACGCUAUGCUCAGUCAUUCAUAAUGCAUAGUAGUAAGCUUUAUGAUGACAUAUAGUGAAAUGGUGAUUUCAAUACUUGUAUAAAGUUAGUAGUUUAACUGUACAUAAUCGUAAAUUAAGAUAAAUUUUAGUAUUCUUAUGUAUUAUUAUAUCUAUAUUGAACGACUUUUAUAUAAUUGUAAAGUUACGCAAUUCAGUAGUACCUGCAAUGUAACUAUCAUUUAAUAAAACUAUCUAUCUCUAUUAUCACCACCACCAUCACACCAAAUCACCAUCAUCAACCAUCAUCAUCAAUUUCCACCAUCAACCAUCAUCAUCAACCAUCAUCAACAUCAACCAUCAUCAACCAUCAUCAUCAAUUUCCAUCAUCAACCAUCAUCAUCAACCAUCAUCAUCAUCAACCAUCAUCAACCAUCAUCAUCAAUUUCCAUCAUCAACCAUCAUCAUCAACCAUCAUCAACAUCAACCAUCAUCAACCACUAUCAUCAUCACCACCAUCAUCAUCACCACCAUCACACCAAAUCACCACCACCUCAUUAUCAUAACCAUCAUCAUCAAUAAUCACCAUCACACCAAAUCACCACCACUAUCAUACACCAUCAUUGUCACUAUCACCACCAUCAUCAUCACCAUCACUUGUACAAAAUGUGGACAACUCCUAAACAGGUGUUUGUUUGUAAUUAUCAUAUAUUUUCAAGUCAAAUUUAGAUUUGUUGUGUUUCGUCCAUUCAUUGAUGAGAUCUUACUGGGAAGGGUGAAAGCAUGUAGUCAUGAAGGAGUCACAGGUACAUGUCUUGAGCUUAUUUUUUAUUUAUUAACUUUACAACCUUUUACUAGAUACUAAAUUUAAGAAUACACACAUGUCAACAAGACAUGUUAACCCAUUGAGUGCAUGGUAGCACUCUUCCCCUGAUGAGUAAAAUCAUUUGGCGUUAUGCAUUUCGGUGAUAUGAGCAUGAAGACUGUUCCAAAGAAAAACAAUUUGGUUCAAAAACGAGUCUCUACUCUCUAAAAAGAGAAGUUUUGGAAAGAUUAGGAGAUAUAGCUUCUUUACCUGUGUCUCCUCUAUUUUGCCACUUUUCCCACUAUUUUUUAUUAAAACAAAUUUAUCCUUGUAGUGUCAAUGGAAUUCUUUGAUGAUAUACUAAUACCUUAUCCAUACUUACAACAACCUUCAAAAUUGUAUCCUUAAUUUUUUUUUAAUGAUAAAUGUCUGAUCCAUUGCUAAUGGUAGUCUUUUAAGACCUUAGUUAUAGGUAAUCCCCCCCCAAUUUCGUCAAGAACUGCUUCACUACCACUCUCUAUUUCAUCUCAAUUAGAUGGGGAUGACUAUACUUCCAGUUUGACUCAGCGAAACACUGCAGGUUAACCUCUCCAGUUUAAAGGAUGACUACGCUUACUUUACCGCUAAAGAGGUAUAACUGGUCUGAUAACAGUUUGCAACGGAUUGAGCUAAUUUCAGUAUAAAUAUAGUUUAGGUUUCUUUCUGUAGUACCACUGGAUCAAUAAGAAAUGAUCAUUACUGGACCUCUAAGGAGAAAAAUUCAGAACUGAUUGAGCUACCCAGUAUAAACGGUUAGUUUAGGUUUCCCCCUGUACGUGUUAACAGUGGAUCAAUAAGAGAUGAUCCUUACUGGACCUCUAGAAAGAACAGUUUAGAACUGAUAGAACUAUCCAGUAUAAAUACAGUUAGUUUAGUUUAGGUUUCCUCCUGUAGUAACAUUGGAUCAAUAAGAACUCUUACUAGACCUCUAGGAAGAACAGUUUAGAAAUAAAAAAUUACAUAGUGGAAAUUGACAGUUUAUUUUUAAUCUUACCAAAUCUAUACAUAUAAUUAAAGGUAGAAAAUCUUGUCUAGAUUCCUUGCAUGAACUUCUUAUUUUUUGUCAGAAUCGUACCUCAGAUUACACUGUAUGGCAGGGUAACAAAAUGACAUAUAUACCAACGUUCUCUGAGACAAAAACUAAGUAUAUCGUUUUGAACUUUGGUUUCUGAAAGUUUCCUUAACUAGCCCAAGCGAUGAAGAAGAACAGCUGUGGGUUUGGGAAUAUGAAACAGACGAAGGAACGCAUGAUCUAUUUAUGGAUAUCAACGAGGAAAUACGUUUCCGUGUAAUUGAUGAAAGUUUCACGGAUCUAACUCCAACUGGUCCAGAGAAGGCCUCCCAGGAUCAACCAGGAAAUCAAGAAGAAAAAUCGCCUUAUAGUGUUACGGUGAGUAAUGCAGAAGGAAUUUGAAGGUGGUGGCCUAGUGUAGGCAGUAUUCUACAAUAAGCUGCCGUGGUUUGUGUCUGAACUACCUGAAGAAGAUAUCUCAAACGUGGUGGUCCAGUGUAGGCAGUAUUCUACAAUAAGCUGCCGUGGUUUGUGUCUGAACUACCUGAAGAAGAUAUCUCAAACGUGGGGGUCCAGUGUAGGUAGUAUUCUACAAUAAGCUGUCAUGGUUUGUGUCUGAACUACCUGAAGAAGAUAUCUCAAACGUGGAGGUCCAGUGUAGGUAGUAUUCUACAAUAAGCUGUCAUGGUUUGUGUCUGAACUACCUGAAAAAGAUGUCUCAAUUCAAACGUAGUGGUCCAGUGUAGGUAGUCUACAAUAAGCUGUCAUGGUUUGUGUCUCAACUACCUGAAGAAGAUAUCUCAAACGUGGUGGUCCUGUGUAGGUAGUAUUCCAAAAUAAGAUUGCCGUCGUUUAUGUCUGAACUACCUGAAAAAUAUUAAAAUGCUUCGAUAUUCCGAGCCACAGCUUAAACUGAUAACAGGAGAAAAGCUUUCAAUAUUGAUGAUGUUAGUUCGCUACAAAUACCAUAGUUAAUCUUUCUUAAGUCAGGAAAAAAUCGGAGGUGGCUCAGACAUCGUCCGUGAGGUUCCGGUCUGAUAAAUGGAUAAGAGUUUACAUUUGGUCAGCUUAGGUAAACCAAAGGAGGGCAAGGGAGAUUGGGAAAACAAAUAUGUCAACAAUUUUAAAGACCUUUAAAGAAAAGCUUGUUUUGUGUUACCCAAGUAUAUAAUUGUGUCUGAACUACCUGAAGAUUAAAUUUCGCGGGACUUCGUAACGAAUUUCUUUCAGUUCUUUCACUGGAAGUGUUAGAAUUUAUCUUUUUCAAUUAGUUCAACUUGUUGUGGAAUACUACCAACACUGGACGUAUAUCUUCUUCAUCAUGUAGGCAACCAUUACCGAACCUGGCCUCGGCUUAUUAUCGUGGUGGGCUAACUCCUAAAUGGAUUAUGGAUGUAAAAUGUGGUAUAGUACAAUUGGCCUUUUAAUUAACUGGAUUACAACAGUAUCUGUGGGUCUGUGAAACCAGAUGAGCAAAAUGACAACAGGAAAAUUUCCACGCACUGAAGAAAAUGAUCAACAAACUGUUGAACAGUAGAACAAAUACCUGGUGUACAUUGUCUUUGUAGGUAUGCUGUAUGCAUAUUACAAUGAAUGAUUAACUUUUGAUGUGAAGUGUGUCAAGGCGUGAAUGUUGUAAAAAUGAAGGUAAAAUAGUCAUGCAAACUAAUAAAACUGAACAAACAUGUUAGUAUCGAGUGAAGUAACUGCAGGAGCUAGGACCACUGGGAAAAAUUUUGAAAAUCCAUAGAAGGUCAUAGAAUGGAAAUUGUAUGGACCUUUCCAUACUAUGGAUAUAGUAUCGAAAUAGUAUGGAUAUACUGUGGAUUUAGUGGUGCAAUUGCAAAUUUCAUAGUAUGGAUUUCACAUUUUUUACCAUACAGUGGACCCGCGUCUCGUAACAAACAUAGAAACAUGUCUGAUUCAGUCUGAAGCUUCUGUCGAGGGAGUUUGUAGGCUUGUAGGCUGUAGCUAUUUUGUCUACUCAGUUUCAGCUUGAACUGAAUGUUUGUAUUGUCUCUGAAUGGCCAAUGUUUGCACGAACCAAAAUUGGGCAUUCUCUGUUUGCUCUCGUUCACAAACGUGGCGUCAAAAGUCUGGACUCGUAUUGUGUGUAGUUCCUUGCAAUGUCGGCCAUUUCAAUGACAAUGAGCAACUCAUAACGUGCACAAGGUCACUGCGAAUGAUCGCGUUUGAUGCCAAUUAUCACGAUUUUGUUUUGUUUGUACAAACUGUUAAGACAUGGGAAAAAUUCCUGAUUUUCACACCAGACUUGAACCCUUGUUAACCUCCCGACUGCUAGGCUGACAAUUUGCUAGUCGAGGCAAUAACAUUAACAAGCUGAGGUGAAGUCGAGCAUUUUUAGUUGCCCAGUCCCAACUGCUUGUACUGUAGCGAAACAACGGAUUACUAUUGCAAACAGACAAACAUUGUAAUGUACUUUAUGAUAAGCUGUCGUGGUUUGUGUUUGAACUACCUGAAAAUAUAUAUUUCCCGAACGUGGAGGUCCAGUGGCAGUGUAUAGGCAGUAUUCUACAAUAAGCUGUCCUUGCUUGUGUGUGAAAUACCUGAAAAAAUUCAAAACACUUGGACAUUCCGAGCCAGAAGGUUACUUGAGGUAGUUCAGACAAAACCAGGCAGACCUCGAGGCAGACCAUGCCAAAAUAAUGAACAAGAAGUUGCGUUACUUACCCCCAAGACAAAUUUUAAUCAAUUGUGCAUCAGGCGGCAUAAUGAAAUUCGCGCGCCUGUACUUGUUCACACGAUAAAUCGCCGGAAUUCGUCUACAAGUGUGGAAAUUUGAGUACUGAGUUCUUCUUAUGCCCUAAUAAAGGAUUGAGGGGAGAUUCAGCUAGCUGAAAAACACUGAAGAAUGCCAUGCUUGGCAAUCCACAGCCUUUAAUGACUUUAAAUUUUAAUCCCGGAUUUGUUCCAGUUUCGCUGAUGACGGAGAUUUGUAAGUUUACGUAACAAAACAUUGCAAAUAUCGCAAAGAUAAUAAGACGUUUCCUAAACUUAAAUUUAUUGUUAUAUAUCACCAUGAAAUGAGCCUACAGACUAGAAACAGCCAAACGUACAGCACCACUGUUAGUUUUACAAAGUCUUCAGGAACUACAGAAUGAAACUGGCCGAAAACAAAUCAAGCGGCGAGACCGACCCUUCGUCCGGAAGUGAGUAGGUCCUUCGCUUGAAACGACUGUUCUCAAGUAGUCUCUUCAUGUAACGACUGUAACUUUUAGAUAUAUUGUACAUUGUCAUCUGCAAUGCAAAGUCUGUGCCAGUGUAGGUCGUGGCAAUAAUAAGAAAGCUUCGCAUUGAUAGGGAUACAACUACCUGAAAAAUACAAGGAGAACUUCGACGUUUCGAGCGAAGACACCUUCCCCGUCGGGACUUCCUGAACCCGAAGGGCCUUCACUCGAAAGUUCAAAAUUUCCUUGCAUUUUUCAGGCAGCUACAUCCCUAUAAAUCUGCAUCUUUCCAGCUACAAACAAUGGAACCCCACAUUCAAGAGUUUCACAAUAAGGUGGUAGCGAGGUAAUUGUUGUGUAGUACAACUUCACGGGCGUUAACGGUUCUCUCGGAAGAAGUGCAGUGAUUUAAUUUCAGAUAAAUCCUUCAGAUUUUCUGAAGAUGAUUCUGAAAUCAACAUGUACACCCACACUCGAUAUCAACUAUAGUGUUGUUUACAAUUAACGGAUAUAUAUCUUUAUCAGUUCUGGAGUACAGUAAGACUCAGUUCCUUCUUCAUCAGUGUUGGAAACUUUAUACUGGAUAGCUCUACCAGUUCUGAACUUCCAGGAGGUCCACAAACGUACUCCCGUAUCGACCCGGUGUUACUACAGGAGGAAACCGAUCUUCCAGAAGAAAUCUGCGGUGUUUGCUUGAGUCCACACCGAAAGCAAUCUUCUCACAUGUGACGGAACUGGACGUCGAAGGAAGAGUGCUACUAUAAUACGCCCCAUUUUGAAGAUCUGAACUGGGUCUGUCAUACAGAUUUUAUGUUUUCCAAAACAAUAUACUCGACAUAGAAAAUCGCUGAUAAACAAAUCUAGAUGUGAAAUGCCCAAUUGGCGAUAACGUGUUAAAAUUUAAAUAAAAUAUAAAAACAACAUUGUUUUUCGGAAGUAGCGACCGGAGUUCCUCAUUGAAGUAAACAACUGAUGUAAAAUUAUCGCGACCUUAUCUAAUAAUUAUUUCCUCUACAUACACAGAACACGUCAUACGCGACAAUAGCGUUCGCAAAACAACGCUUGAAACGCCAACCCGUUUUUUCGAAUUUAAUUCUCUACUCGCCUUUCAAAACAACAAGAUGGAAUGCCAAAUACCUCUUACACGUUCCAUGGGUUGAAAAAACGAGCGAAAUGUCCAGAAUUUGCGCCCAAAAAUGUUAACUCGAAAACAAGUUUAUGACUGUUUAUAAUAUCAUAGCGACAGAAGCGUCUAGAACCAGGAAGAAAUCCAACACACGUCAGCCGUAACAAAACGUAAACUUUAACCUCUUAGAUCUCAACAAAAAUCCGAUCAAAUGCGAUGAAAUAUGAUUAAAAGUCAAGGGCAUCGGGUCAAUUUUUGAAAAAAAUUAUUCGCAAUCUAAAAAUCCGGCUGAAAAUGGCCGUAAAUUAACGAAUAUGCAAGCGUGGGGGUUAAGGUUUAUCUGCAAAAAACAUUCGCGAGCGACCAAUAAUGUUGCAGUAUGCAAAUUUUCACAAAAUUUGAAAAAUAGGAAGCGAGAGGCUUGGCUGUCUAAACCGGAAACAACUCUGUUUAUUGUGGCGAGCAGUCGGUUCUGAAUCCGUCAUGCAAUUGAAAAAUAUGACAUAUUGUUCAAUGUUUUCCAGAUAUUGAGAUCUAGCUUGGAAGAUCAGACGCACACAAGCGCUCGCACUGUGAAAUAACUGCAGAAAAGCGCAAGGUAAAUUGAAGGCUGGGAUCGUUGAGCUUUUCAUCAAAGGUGUGUUUAAUACAAGGCAUUCCUAGUGAUUAAAGAAUUACGGUGGUGUUAAGAGCUGUAAGCUUAUCCUUUGCUGCAGAACAGGAAGUACGACUGAAGCCGCCCUUUAUAUAUAGAGACCAUUUGAUCGCUCGUUAAAUCAUUAAGUCGGAAUUCUUGGAGUCGUAUUUAUCUCAGCAACGAAAAUCUAGCACAGUGGUAGAACGCUGCAUUUAGCAACAGAAUAAAAG